CGUCGCUCACCAGGCGGUCGAUCACAUUGUGCGAUAAAUGUUUCGCGAUUUGCUUUUAGUUUGUUUUUAAUUGUAUGGUGUGUUGUGGCAUUAUUAGGUCGUUAGUUAGGUACUACGAGUAUUCAUUGCUUAAUGAAGAAAAAAAUAUUUUUCAAAGAGAAUGAUUGGAGUGAAAAUAUCUUGUACAAAUGUUCUGACACUCAGAUCCCAUGAGUAAUGUUUUCAGCUGGCAACAUUCCUGCGAAGGUUUUAAAAUCUGUAUGCUUUUAGUAUCUGGUACUAUAGUACUAAGUAGUCUCUAAUUCAGUUUACUCUACAAGCUUGUUGAUGUCGUGUAAACUUCUCGAUGUUUUGAAGUGGAUGACUUGAUGUUUGUGACGUUUUCUCUUGUGGACUAAGAUAGCAAUCAGUGAAGGUGAAGAAAAUGUCGUCUGAGUCCUUACCUCUUGGUCUAAAACAACUCGGUAACCUUAGCGAGUUGUGCGUCAGGCAGAAGGUGACGCACUUCGCCAACAACAAGUACGUGGUUAUGACGCCAGAUGGUAGCCCGGUGCUGUUCGCCCGCGAGGACUCCGGCUUGAUGGACAGGCUGCUGAUGGGCACCAGCCGGGCUCUGCACAUCAACGUCUUUGACACUGAAGAUAAGGAGGUGAUGAGGUUCCGGCGACCGUACACGAUGGGUCCGGACAAGAUGGAGGUUUGUGUGUGCGGGCGCGGAGUGGCGCUCGUGCGCAAAGAGUUCACCUUCCUCAAGCCCGUCAUCAACGUCAACGACGCCGCUGACCGCCCGCUCUUCCGCGUCAAGGGCCCGCUCGCCAUCACCAGCCAGUGUGACUUCGAGAUAUAUAACAUGGAGAAGAAGCGUGUGGGCGCAAUUCGCAAGAAGUGGGGCGGCUUGGUGCGGGAGGCGUUCUCGAGCGCAGACAACUACGUCAUCGAGCUGCCCGCCGACCUGGACGUACGCUACAAGGCCGCGCUUCUCGGCACCUGCUUCCUUAUAGACUUCAUGUACUACGAGAACUGAGAUGAAUCUGUAUGUCAUGCGCAGUGCAAGAAGAUAUUGAAAAGGAGAUGAAGUUGGUGCGCGGGAACUGUCAAGUGACAAAGAUGUUGCUGCCGAGGCAGUACCACACACAUUCAAAUUAAGCAUAAAGUUGAAUUAAAAAUCAUCCUUUAUAGAUUUUUUCACAAAAUACUCAUUUGUUAAAAACGUAACGUAACGUGUAUAAACUACUGUGUAGUUGAUUAAUUAAAUAUAAUUAUUGUCAUGUUGUGUUGAGUACAGUGUCUACGUAAUGUACAAAAUGUUAUAUUUUAUUGACGAAAAUGAAAAAGUUGAAAUCUUGAUUUCCAAAUAAGCGACAUCUAUCGACUCGCAUCAUAACUAAAUUUAAAAUUGCAAGUCA